AUGUCUCACAAUGAUUCAUUCUCGAAGAGAAGAUCAGUUCAGUCCCAAAACACGAGUUUUGACAAUAUUCAUGAAAGGCAAGAAGAGAUCCACAAAUUGUGGAUGCCAUUGAACUUAUCAGCAUUUGUGGAGAAGUGUGCCAGUAACGUUAAAGUCCUUCCUGAGUCAGAGAAGACUGAAUUGAAGUGUUUACUCAUAGUGGAAGAUUGGUCUUCUCCGUACUCUAAAUGGCUCAACACCAAAUUCUCGCUCAAAUCCAGCAAGGACAAAACACAUUAUGAGAAUCGAGUUGAGAAUGCUAAAUUGGCAAUUUCUUUUGAAAGUCUUCCUAAAAGCAACUCUUUGCAGGAAGAGAUGUUCAAGAGCACCGGAUUCAUCGUUUUCGAGUGCGGUCUCUUGAAUGAGAAUCAAGUUCAAUCACACAAGACGCUCAAAGCCAAAUUAGCAAGGGACGGUUCGAUUCUCCAGAAACUCGUCCAAAUUUGCGAUCGAUAUUGCCUCUACCGAACUCAAAUCAUGGUGAUAGUUUGGGAUAUCGGAGGAGGUCAGAUUGAUGUGAAGGAAGUGGCCUCGCUAAUGAAGGCUUCCCAGCUUGUGGAGGCAUCCAGUUGUGUUCAAGGUAUUUCCUUCUAUGAUAUGACUUCGGAGGCAUCAGUUCUUCAAAGGUUGGACCAAGGACUCAAACAAAUGAGCACUCAGUUCACUGGCACUUUAACUCCCCGGGGUCUCAAGAAGAAAGUCAAAUUGCAACAGAAGCUUGCAGAAAUACUUAGACAAGAAGAAAGAUCUAUUAUUGAAGCGCAACCACUGAAAGAAGCUGAGGAUCUGUUGAAGGAAAAAGAAGAACAAGUUUUGCGCAGGGCCCAGGAGCUCCAGAAACACAAAUACUUAUCUAGACAUAUUGUUUCGGGCGCAAACAAUAGCGUGGAUUUGUCCAAUACCUCGGUGACCUACCGUACUCCUAAUGCGUCAUUUGCCAAUAACACAUUGGUCAAUCUCAACAACUCGUUUCUUGCAAACAAUACCACCGUCCACGCACGGAACGGGUCAUUUCUUGGUUCGUUCAACAAUGCUAGCAUAUUAGAGGAAAGCACUCCAUUUGGCUCGCCUAGGCCACGUUCUACAAGUAUAGUUAGUGGAGGUAGUCGAGACGAGUUCACCAAGCCAGCCGCCCCCAAAAAAGUCCAAGAGCUACGGGACCUUACAGCAGCCAUUCGGGCACGCUACAAAAAAUAA